CUACUUGUCUGUAUUGUUCUCAUCGAUCUUAAUCGAUUUUAAACGAUUAAAAUACAAAAACAAAUAUAACUAUUUAAAUUGAAAAUAAACAGUUUUCCUGUUACGUAAUGGUAGGGUCAUGUGACUGGAUACGGUUACAGCAUUGAACUGACCGAACAUUUGUUCGAAAGUGUCAAACAUGACUCAGACCGACAGCGAAACCCGCAAACAGCCGCAAUAAACUCUACAAUCUACCGUUAAUCACGCGCGUGUACACGUUUCUUUACGUAACAAGACCACUGUGUAAAAUGCGGGAGCGCGCGUGAGCUGUAGAGCUCUACUGAGGCAAACAGCCAAUCAGGUUCUCAUGUUUUGUCACGCGUCUCGUGCACCCGCACCCAUACUGCGCAGACACAUCAGCAGAAAAAAUACAUUGUGCAGACAAAGAUGGAGUGAAUAGUUUGAAGUAUGGGAGAUAUUAGCGCACCACUCGCUGUUUUUUUGAAGAAGAGCAUGCUUUUAAGGUUAAAAAGGUGUUCUAAAAUGCAAGACUUUACUACAUUACCUUCAGUGUAAAGAAAAAAUCCUCCAGCAGGAGCAAAUGUUCAUUGCUGUGAAUGUAACCAACGAACACAGUGGAUAUCGGAAUCACUUACUUAAUUUUCUCACCCUAAUGUCCUCACCAUGCGCUCACAACAAAGUUUCAUGUCUUUUUUGAGCAAGGAUGAAGCUGUACCUACUAAAGACAAUGAUCGUCUGUGCUGUGCAAAAUGCCGUUUUUCAACCAAAGACAUGGACCUAUUCCAGAGGCACGUGUCUCAUCAUAAAGAGGUGACGUUCUCUUGUGCACUCUGCAGCCAUGUUUCCUACUCCAUAACAGAGUCUCAGAAACACGUUGUCUCACAUACAGGCUCGUACCCAUAUCGAUGUAGCUUCUGCUCCUAUGGAGCCGUGCGGAGAGAUUAUAUGGUGAAGCAUAUUCAGCGUAUACACAAGAGAUCAGCGGAAAAAGGUUUUUUUACUAAUUUUGAUGAAAUCACCCCAUCCUGUGGACACCCAUCAGUCACUGACACUCACAGAACAUCAGGUUGGCCUGAAAGGCCUGAGCAUUGUAUGAAUCCCAGCACAGCUUCUCAAUCCAAAGGAAACGCGCAUGUCGAAUACCUUAGCGGAAGUCAAACGAGAACCAGUAUUUCCAAGACUGUUAGCAAAACCAGCAGUGGACAUUCCUACUUGACCUGCAGUACAACAAGACAAUCUGUCGCCAACACAACACUUGCUCAGACACAGUUUACAGGUGCUGCUCCCAGCUACACUUCGAACACGAGUAACUCAUUAGGCAACACUACACAGGUGGUUCCAAGAUCUGGGCAAGAGAAUGGAAAUCUGUCAAGUUCUCUGGUCAGUGGGGAUAGUCAGGUGGGAAAGGUAGGUUGUAGCAAGCCAAUCUUAGAAACACCUAGUCUGAAAGCAGCCUUUACAAGAGUCCCAACUGGUUGUACAGAUACACCUUUGAUAAGCCAGAGGAGUGGUGUUCCUGAAAGGCCAAUCCAUUCCAAAAGCAUUCCCAAAAUCAAGGUCCAACUGCCUGUUGAAAUGACCAGCCCUCUCAGACCGCUUCUUAAUAUGCCAUCGGGAGCAUUAACCCAGAGAACAGUUACAACUCAGAAUGGCCAAACUGAUCACCGGGUCAGUCAGUCCGUAAUGGGGACAAACAGUCUUGCGUCACAGAAAAAGAAUUUGACUGCAACGCUCAUCAACAGUCAGGUCAAACAUUCUGAAAGAAGUCCAGUGGUUUCCACGCAGAGAGAACAAACUACAGAAAAGAGCAUUCGGAUGAGAACAACCCCCAUAAUUCUCAGAAGAUCAUCAGCAAAGAAGGCAAGUCCCCUAUCCAACGUUCAAGUGGAACUGUUAGCACCGUUAAACCAACCCAUUGAGCACAACAAGCCUUUGACUGUGUCCUGUCCAGAGGAGAUCAAUAUUCCUGCUGGCUGUUUGGUUGAGUUGGUUGAGGUGAAAAAUGUCAACGGGACUCGGGAGCUGGAGCUUCGCCUUGUCCCGCCUAAUGGAACCCCACAAGAGCUGAAGUACACUGUGGACAGAUCUACACCAGUCGCUACUGGAAAAGAAAUGUCAUUCAAAUGUCAAGUUGCCACUGAGUCUACAGCAAGUCCAUCAAUGUCUUUAACCGGUCAGAUGGCGAAACAGCAGCCACCUUCAAGAUGCUCUGUUCAAAGUGUCAGAAAAACUCAACACAAACCUCAGCAUUCCUCAGACAUAGCAGUUAAGACCGUGAACAAGCAGAACCAGAAAAGCAAUGGUCCAGCGUUUAAACCCUUGGUGGCGGCUUGUGAGGGUACAGAAGUGAGUUCUGAAGGCCUUCCUGUGAUCUCAUCAGUGUUUUCUCUUUGUCCCACACCUACAUCCACUGCAAGUGUCUCUCAAUUCGUGUCAGAAUUUAACAACAGCAGAUUGCAAACAAAUGGGCCACUAUUCAAGCUACAGCGAGAGUUGAAAAACAUUUCAGAUGAUGAAAGUAAGAUGUCAGCAAUGAAAGGCUCAAAAGAAAAUGUGCGGUCAGUGGUCUGUAGCAUUAGCAUUAAAAAGGAGGAAGAAACUGAAGAGAAACCCAAAGUUGAAGAUAUGGAGUUCAAAGAAUCCAAAACAGAGCUUGAAACUGUUGAAAACAGCAAAACAACUGAGACUUGUGGUCAAGAGAAUACAACACCGAACAUGCUCGAAAAACGCUCUAAUCUUAAUGCAAGAGAUUUGAAUGACAACCCAAAUAUGACUAACUCUCCAAUAGCGGGCAUGCAAUCCAACAAGAAGAACGUUUCGGAUAAAGACAAGCGAGAUUCCGAGUCUCAAUCUGGAAAUGACCUUGAACAACGCAGUUGCCAAGCUUCCCUCAUGUAUCCUAAAGUGGCUUUGGUUAGGAUUCCAAGUUCACUGCUAGAACCCAACAAGAAGGUUCCAGAGACGCCACCACAGGAGGAGAGUUUGACGGCACGACCUGUCCUCUACUGCAAAUUAACUGAGCAGAACAUGUCCAGUGGUCAUGAAGGAGCCAUCAAGCUGAUCUUAAAAAGAGACUUCCCUAAAGACCAAAACCUCCAUGCACCUCCUCGUAAAAAACGCAAAAAGGGAAAAACCAGAAAGCACAAGUCGGUUUCAAUGAACUUUCAAAGUUUUUUGUCUAAAGAUCGGGAGCUGAGAUUAACUCCUCUGAAAGAGGACCAGCUUGUCAAGCUUCCUGGUCCAAACCAACCUGUUGUGGUUCUGAAUCAUCCAAAUCCUUCAGUUCAGAUGGUCAGUGUUGGCGUCCAAACCCUGAAGAACUUUAAGUGGAUACGUUCGGUCCAUCACUCACAGGAACAGAGGGAGGUUCCAGUCAGCAAUCAGCCUUCAUUGAAGAUGAAACUGAAAAAGGUAACUGGACAAAAGUAUCGAGUAAUAGAACUGGUUGUGAGAGGACUUUCUGAAAAACUGCUAAAUGUCUAGUAUUGACUGAUAUUGAUUGAGAAUAGUAUUAUUGACUGACAAUUUAGAACUGUACCAGUGUUUUAAAUUACAGUGCCAUUUUAAAACUACUUGUAUUAUAACGUUUUUACUUGUUUGUGUGCCGCAUUUUAUUUCCGUAUUGACGAUUUCAAUAUAUUACCUACGACUGAAGUCUUUUCUGGACCUUCUUGAGACAUUGUGUUUUAGGUAAACAUGUUGCUUAUUCUGCUGCAGGACCUUAUACCAUUUCUUUUACUGUAUUCAUUGUGUUCUACGUCCCUACAGUUAUCUAUCUGUGCCCCUUUGUAGUUACAGUGUGUUUGAUCCGUUAUAUGGAUUCGUAUUGAAAAUAGAUUUGAAACAUUGUGCCAACAUCAAAGUCUGUUCAUAAGAUGAUAUAUAUUCACUUGUCAUAAUUGCACUCCAUCUUUUUGAUCAGAAUUGUUUGUCAUAUCGAUGUUUUGUGUCUUACACCACUGAAGAAAAUUGUGUUCAUGUACUGUAGUGAAUCUGUGCUGUCCACGCUCACAGAUUCAUUGGUAAUGUACAGUGUUUGUCCACAAAUACACUUCUACACAUUA